GAGAGAGGGCUGCUCCGGAGUCGGGAGUGUCGCUGCCAGAGAAAGUUUUGGGGAGGGGUGGAUUUUUUUUUAUCCCCCAGUGCGAGGAAAGGGGGUUUGGUUUGGGUUUGUUUUGUUUGCGCCGCUCUGCUCCGCUCCUCGCCCGCUCGCUCUCUCCGUCUCGCCGUGGGUUUUGGGGACUUCUUCUUUUUUCUUUUUUCUUUUUUUUUUUUGGUGGUUGUUUUUUUCCCCCUUGCCCCUCCGGCAAGUGCUCCGCUAGCCGUCUUUCGCCCCGGCCAUCCCUCCCCAUGCGCCCGGGGCAGCGGGCAGCUCCGCGGCGCGUACCCGGGAGCUGAGCUGCGGAGCGGCGCGUCCCCUCCCCGGGCAGGAUGUACACGGCCGGGCUGGCUCCUUUCUACGCCUCCAACUUCAGCUUGUGGUCAGCGGCGUAUUGCUCGGCAUCGGGGCCGGCAGCCGGCGGCUGUUUCCCGCUGGACGCCGCGGCGGCGAAGAAGCCGUCCUUCUGCAUCGCCGACAUCCUCCACGCCGGCGGCGAGGCGGCGGGAGGACCCGCCGACAGCCUGCCCGGAGGUCCCGGCACCGGGAUGCCGGCGGCUUUGGGAGCCGUCCACCACGGCGGUCCCUUCCAUGCCACCGCCUCGCCGCUCCGGCCCACGCCCGUCGUGGCCCCCGACUCCCCCGCCGCCGCCUUCCCGCCGCGCCUCUCGCCGCUCUCCGCCGCCUACCACUCCCACCACCACCGCCCCCCGCAGCACCGAUCCCCCGCGGCGGCGGCGGCGGCGGGCGGCGGAGGCGCCCCGGCCCCCGCCCGGCUGCCGGGCGGCCACACGCACGGCUCGGCGCCGGCGCCCGCCAGCAAGGACCUGAAAUUCGGCAUCGACCGCAUUUUAUCGGCGGAGUUUGACCCCAAAGUCAAGGAAGGCAACACGCUGAGAGAUCUGACCUCCUUAUUAACUACCAGCCGCCAAACUGGGGUUCAUCUCCCCAACUUGCAGCCUUCCGCCGGCCAGUUCUUCGCGUCUCUAGACCCCAUUAACGAGGCCUCUGCUAUUCUGGGUCCCUUAAACACAAACCCAAGGAGCUCAGUUCAGCACCAGUUUCAAGACACUUUUCCAGGUCCGUACGCAGUUUUAACCAAGGACACGCUGCCCCAGACGUACAAGAGAAAACGCUCCUGGUCCAGGGCUGUUUUUUCCAACCUGCAGAGGAAAGGUUUAGAAAAACGGUUCGAAAUCCAGAAAUAUGUCACCAAACCGGACAGAAAGCAACUGGCGGCGAUGCUGGGGCUGACAGAUGCUCAAGUGAAGGUGUGGUUCCAGAACCGGCGGAUGAAGUGGCGGCACUCCAAGGAGGCGCAGGCCCAGAAGGACAAGGAGCCGCCGCCGGAGCCGGAGCCGGAGCCGGCGGCCCAGAGAGCCGGCGCACCGCCCGCCGCCGGGGAGCCCGAACGCAGCCCCAGCCGCUCCGAGGGCGACAGCGACAGCAGCGACGCCGACUCCCUCGACAUGGCCCCCAGCGACACGGAACGGACUGAGGGCGCCGAGCGGAGCCUGCCCGUCGCCGGGCUCGGCAAGUCCUCCGGCAGCACCGGCCUCCCCUCCUCGCCGCCGCCGCCCGCCGCAGCCAGCCCCGAGCCGCGGAGCGGCCUAUAGACGGGGCGGCCCCGCGGCACCCGCGCCCGGGACCUGCGCGCUAAUUUAUCUCCCUUCCUCCGGCCCGGGAGCGCCGCAAGGACGGCACGGCACCGGCCCGCUCCCGCCCGCGGCCAGCGCCCGGCCCGGCCCGGGGCGAGGGACCGAGGACGCGGGCGGAGCAGGGAGCCCCAGCCCCGGGACGGCUGUGCGUGAGGUGGCCGCCUCUUCCUCCGCGCUGCUCGCAGGAGAGCGGGAUUUCUCUAUUUUUUUUCUUCCUUUUUUAAUUUUAUUUUAUUCUCCGUCUCCCGCCCCUUGUCCUCUCCAGGAAAAUCCGAGCGAGGGACUCCGAGAACGUGCUCCGAAAUCCCUCUCUUCCCCCUUCCCCUCUCAAACAAUUUACAAUGUGAAGUAUUUUGCCAACGUCCUCAUUGGUUGCAACGUGUUGCUUCGAAUAAUCCGGCCAAGAAAUACUGCACUGACAAAAUAUAUAAAUAUAUAUAUAUCUCCUGUAAAUAAAAUGUUUGCUAUGGUUUGUAA